AUGAGUACUAAAAUUACUGAAGCAACAAAACAAAAGUUUUUAGUUGAAUACAUUAAAUCAGGAACUAUUCCAGAAGGUUUUUAUGUUCAUCAAAUGAAAGAUGGUAGAGUUCAAUUUAGAAAAAUUAAGCAGCCAUUAAAUAAAAAUGGUAUUUUGAGAAAGAUUAAAUUAUAUGAAGAUAAUAUAGCAGAACUGAAGAAGAAGUUAGAAGAAUUCGAAAAAUCAGAUGAAGCCGCGUAG